AGGAUAAACAUAAACUUUUCACUUUGACCCUUCAAGUCUCUAAUAUAUACAUUAACCUUCCAAUUUAAACAUGCCAAAUUCCAUUAAAGUAAAAUUUUUUAUAAUAAAGUUCAUUUGAAGAUGGCGAGACCGAAAACUAGGGCAUGUAAAUUAACGAUUGUAGUAUUAAUUUCAUUACAAUCGAUUAUUCAAGUCUUUGCAACUACUCAGCUCCAGGAUUCAGUAGAACAUGCUCAUGAGGUUCAUUGUUCAAGAGAAAGAAGCAGGGCUGCAAAUAAGAUUAUUGAGGAGUAUUUGACUCCGUUUGUUGAACAAGAAAAUUAUCAGUUGCCACAUAAUUGUAAGCUUCAUCCUGGCAAUGACAUAUUCAGGGAGCAAGAGGAGCACAAAAUUCAUCCGGACGUGAAUGAAUGGCGCUGUGGAUACUGCAAAAAAAUCUUUCGAGCUGAGAAAUUUCUUGAUCAACAUUUUGACAACAGGCAUUACAAUCUUUUAAAUGUUAGUCACAGCAAUUGCUUGUCGAAUUUGUGUGGAGCAUUGCACUGUGAUUAUGUAGCGAAUUCCAAUGUUCCAAAAACAAAGUGCAACCCGGCAGCUGCAGCAAGAAACCGUCACAUAUGUGAGAGCCUUGCAGACACCUGUUUUCCUAUUCGUCAGGGUCCAUCAGCAAGCCGACUUCAUGAACUAUUUUUGCACCAAUUCUGUGAUGCCCACUCUUGUUCACGCAAAAUCAAGCCUUUUGGCAGGGGAGGCAGGAAGCAUACCAACAGAUUCUUCUUGAUUAUAUCAGUAAUGAUUCUGGUGCUGCUCCCUGUCUUCUAUCUCAUAGUAUAUGUGUACCAAAGAGAACUGAGAAAGGGUACGCAGAUACUAAGGCGCAUCUCUAAACCAAGUCUAAAGAAAAAGCCAUAUUAGUUGGCAAGUCUUGAGACAUUACUCAGUAGAAGAGUUCAUUGAGGUGAAGCUUGUGAAUUAUACGGCACCAUAUAAGAUUGGGAGCAUGGAGUGCCAAUUUUUUUCACAGGCCAUUGUAUAAUUUAUCUUCUGACACAUUCUUUUCAUGUAAUAUAAUCCAUGGGUGAGUUUGUCAAAGUCUGAAGAUUUGUAUCAUACAUUAUUAUUAGAGAGCUGAUGAACUCCACUUUUGGACGUC